GAAUUAUUGAUCAGGUUUCUGCUAAACAGGCUCACAGUGUAAUAAAAUUCUGCAGGUCAUCCAAAGAUGAAUUCAUAGGACAUAGUAUAUAUCCACACAAGUCAACAAUGAGCGCCGGGCCUAGUGACAUUUCAAGCGCUAACGUAGUUGCUUCGAAGCCUUGCUAUUGUUCGCCUCCAUGAUAUUUCCGGAAUAACGUUAUGAUGCUUCUACCACCGACCACCAUAUAAAAUGGUGCAGGUACUAGUAGGAAGGAUGCCAUCGGAAAAUGGUUACCUCUAGAUUGCUUUCAUCUCUUCUCGCCCUGCCGGCGCUUGCCUUCUUCUCUCUGUCAGCAAGCGCUUUGCCUCAUCCUCGGACAGCGUCAAGCACGUCUACUCUCAAGCUCGCCGUUAGAAUAAACUCGUACGGGAUCAAGAACAUCGCGGCUGCAGAUAGAGCUCGAAUCCAAACCCUACAAGCUGGCGGCAGCUCUUCCAUCAGUCUAACCAAUAAUGUGACAACAUACACCGCUGAUAUCGGCGUAGGGAGUCCACCAACGUACUACACAGUUCUGGUAGACACCGGAAGCUCAAAUACCUGGAUCGGGGCCAACAAAGCUUACGCAAAGACUGCUACAAGCAAGGACACGGGCAAUACAUUCAGUGUUCAAUAUGGCAUUGGUUCUGUUUCUGGAGAGGAAUAUACAGACACCGUAACGCUCAAUUCUGACCUGGUCAUUGAAAACCAAUCUAUCGGCGUCGCAUCUCAAUCCUCAGAUAUGGAUGGCCUGGAUGGAAUUCUUGGCGUUGGACCAGUUGAUUUAACGCAGGGCACCGUCAGCAAUACAUACGAAGUUGCAACUGUGACGGACAACCUCUAUAAGCAGAGAACGAUUGGUUCGGAAGUACUUGGAGUGUUCUUUGCACCUGCUUCCUCGGGUGAUAGCAGUGGCGAGCUCACAUUCGGUGGUUAUGACACCUCCAAAAUCACUGGAGGCGUUAGCUACGUGCCGAUCACAUCGACAUCUCCAGCGAAUGGAUAUUGGGGCAUUGACCAAUCCAUCAGCUAUGGAUCUACGCCCAUUUUGGUUGAGACAGCUGGUAUUGUCGAUACCGGGACUACCCUGAUUCUCAUUGCCACUGAUGCCUUCGACAAAUAUCAGUCUGCCACGGGGGGAACCCUCGAUGAGGCCACUGGCUUGCUACAGAUCUCAUCCGAUCAGUACGAGAAGCUGUCAUCCUUGUAUUUCACUAUUGGCGAGCUCACUUACGAGCUCACCCCGAAUGCGCAAAUCUGGCCUCGAUCAUUGAACAGCGCCAUUGGCGGUACCACCGACGGUAUAUACCUGGUUGUCAGUAGCACUGGGACUCCCAGCGGUUCUGGCUUGGAUUUCACGAAUGGCUACUGUUUCCUCGAGCGGUUUUACUCGGUGUUCGACACGACAAAUUCUCGAGUCGGGUUCGCCACCACUCAGUACACCGAUGCCACGACAAAUUAAAUUCAUAAGGAACUGACAGCUGAGCACCAGUUGGCAUCGCCUUUCCUCGCAGUUUGUUCUUCCUCAAUGCACCAUACGACUCGCUCGCUCGUUUUACACACACUCUCGCUCGCUCACUCACUCAUUUUUGGCAUCGCAUUGUAAUAUUCAAUCUGCCAUUGAUUUACAUUGGCACGUUAACAUUCCUUCGCUAAUACUAGUUUAAAUGCUCAUAGAGGUCACUCAUUCUGCCUGCAUGCCGAGUUUCCCGCCCGCAAAGAAAGAGCACACUUGGUCGUGUAACCG